UUUCCCUUUCCCUAUCCUGCCUCUCUUCUUCAUCAGGUCCUUGCUCUUUGAGGAAAUUAUAAAAUAUGCUUAUGGACCCAAACGACGUAGAGGUUGCCCACCCACCAAGUGAUGGCGUAUCGUCGAUGGCAUUCUCCCCUACCAACGAUCAUUUGGCUGUAGCUUCGUGGGAUCACCAGGUGCGUAUAUAUGGCGUCCAGUCAGCAACUGGAAGCACGACCCCUAUAGCAGCCUAUGAGCAUCAAAAUCCCGCCUUGUCAGUGGCAUGGUGCAGAGAUGGCAAUAGAGUAAUUUCCGGCGGAGCAGAUAACACUGCACGCAUGUACGACGUAAUUCGAGGACAAGCAAUUCAAAUAGCACAACAUGCUGCGCCUGUCAAAAGUGUCAAGGUUUUGGGAGGUUUGGGAGACAAUGUUAUUGCUACGGCCAGCUGGGAUCAAACGCUCAAAUACUGGGAUACACGAUCGCCUCAGCCUAUUGCAACGGUACAGCUGCCAGAUCGAUGCUAUGUGAUGGAUACGGUUGAUCAGUUGUUGGUUGUGGGAACUGCAGAGAGACACGUGUGUAUCUUUGAUCUGAAGAAUCCCACCGUAAUUUACAAGCAAACUGUCUCGCCGCUAAAGUGGCAAACCAGAGCAAUUGCUUGCUUUCCGGACGCUAAAGGCUUUGCAAUCGGAUCCAUCGAAGGACGCAUCGGUAUCCAGUAUGUGGAUCCCCGAGAUCACGCGAAAAACUUUUCUUUCAGAUGCCAUCGCGACGAAAAGACAAAGCAAGUAUUUGCUGUCAAUGAUAUUUCGUUUCAUCCUACAUUCGGCAGCUUUUCCACUUGCGGCAGUGAUGGUACCACGUCUUUCUGGGAUAAGGAUUCGCGCCAACGGUUGAAGCUAUUCUCUAAGGUUCAAUGCACUGUCUCUUGCACAGCAUUCAAUCGUAAUGGGAAUCUUCUCGCCUAUGCGGUUAGCUAUGAUUGGUCGCAGGGAUAUAAGAAAGCACCAUCGCCAUCUGGUACAAAUCCAAACAAGAUUGGGCUUCAUGCCGUAAUAGGUGAUGAGGCCAAAACAAAAAAGAAACGAUGAACUUUUCGCUGCUCCCUUUUCAUCUGCACACUUACACACGCAAAUUCUAUCUCUCACCCGAUGCAAUCCUCUUUCCCCUUUCAGAACACUCGUAUCAUAUUUCUCCUCCCAGUAGUACUCAAAAAGAAUUAUGGAAAAUAGUACUGCUCACCCAUUUGCAUUAGCAAACAGAAACCUAUUACCAGCACCUUCUAUUAUUUCCCCCAGAAUAAAAAAUUCUCCCUGCCUUUUAUUGUUUAAACGCUGGUCCGAACAAACAAAAUGUUUGGCUCUUCAAUACAUAUUUUUAAAGGACGUGACAUGAGUUAUUAUAUCACGUGCAACAG